AUGCCCGUCACCCCUAUCGAGUCUUUGGACGAUUUCAACGCCACUAUCAACAACAAGGACAAGGUGGUCAUCGUUGACUUCUGGGCGACGUGGUGCCGCCCGUGUAAAAUGAUUGGGCCAGUAUUCGAGAAGUAUUCCAACAUCUACACGGACAUCGAAUUUCGGAAGGUCGAGACGGACUCCCAGCCAGAAAUUUCGCAGGAGAUGAGCAUCCGUUCCCUACCAACGUUCAUCGCCUUCAAGGACGGUCAGAAAUUGCAGGAGCUCCCCGGCGUGAAUCCUGUUGCUCUUGAGGUACGCAUAGUUCGCUAUCAUGUCAAAACUUGUCUUUGUUGA